AUGCCCCUGCGGCGCUCAGCCCGUGUCCAGGGUGCCGCCUCCAGCUCCGGCUCCUCCGCCGGGCUGGGCCCCGGCUCCAGCCCUGCGCCGGGGUCAGCUGGGGUGCGGAGCAGCUCCCCGCCGUCGCUGCCAGCCCCGGACAGCCCGGACCUCAGCAGCGGUGACUCCGGCAGCGACUUCGAGGACACGCUGCGGCUGCGCAGCAAGCGGGGACCCCACCGGGUGCUGAGCCACGGCCCUGUCUCGAAGCGUCCCCGGAGGAGGGAGCCCGGCGGGGACGGGAGCAGUCUGGCCGCGAGCAGCCCAGAGCAAAACACCCUGUUUGAGGCUGUCAGGUCGGCCAAGAUCGCCGUCGAGACGGUGGUGGACGACUGGCUGGAGACCUACAAGCAGGACCGCGAGACAGGGUUCCUGGAGCUUGUCAACUUUAUCAUCCGCUCCUGCGGCUGCAAAGGCAUGGUGACCCCGAAGAUGUUUAGGCACCUGCAGAACUCGGAGAUCAUCCAGCAGCUGACAGAGAAGUUCGAGGAGGAUUCGGCUGAGUACCCGCUCUCGCUGGGCACCCAGCCCUGGCGCCGCUUCCGGGCCGGCUUCUGCGAGCUGAUGGCGGCGGUGGUGCGGCGAUGCCAGUACAGCGUUGUCUACGACGAGUUCCUGAUGGACGCCCUCAUCUCCCUGCUCACCGGCCUCUCUGACUCCCAGGUGCGGGCUUUCCGCCACACCAGCACCCUGGCAGCCAUGAAGCUGAUGACAGCGCUGGUGAACGUGGCGCUGGGUGUGAGCCUGCACCAGGAGAACAACCAGCGGCAGUAUGAGGCCGAGCGGAGCAAGGGGCUUGGCCGCCAGGCCACCGACAAGCUGGAGACACUGCUGGAGAAGCGCCGGGAGCUCCAGGAGCAGCAGAAGGAGAUCGAGAACAUGAUGAACGCCGUCUUCAAGGGCGUCUUCGUGCACCGCUACAGAGACGUGGUGCCCGAGAUCCGGGCCAUCUGCAUGGAGGAGCUGGGGACGUGGAUGAGGAGCUACGCAGCCUCCUUCCUCACCGACGGCUACCUCAAGUACAUCGGCUGGACCCUGCACGACAAGCAGCGGGAAGUGCGCCUGCAGUGCGUGAAGGUGCUGCAGGGGCUGUACUGCCACCGGGACAUGGCUGCCCACAUGGAGCUCUUCACCAGCCGCUUCAAGACCCGCAUGGUGUCCAUGGUGCUCGACAAGGAGCCCGAUGUGGCCGUGGAAGUGGUGAAGCUGCUGACGCUGAUGCUGGAGAACAUGGAGGAGGCGCUGACGGAGGAGGACUGCCAGAGCGUCUACCCCGUGGUCUACGUAUCCAGCCGGGCGCUGGCCUCCGCUGCCGGGCUUUUCCUCUACCGCAGGCUGCUGGACCCCCAGCGAGAGGCGGGCAGGGAGCCAUCUCGCGAUGGGGAGAACAGGAUCUUUUUCCGGCUGCUUCUGGCCUUCUUCAUCGAAAGCGAGCUCCACGAGCACGCAGCCUACUUGGUGGACAGCCUGUGGGACUGCGCUGGGCCACGGCUGAGGGACUGGGAGACCAUCAGCGCUUUGCUGCUGGAGGAGUCGCCCACCGAGGGCCUGGCAGACCGGCAGGAGAAGGCACUGGUGGAGAUCCUGGCAGCCAGCGUGGUCCAGGUGGCCGAGGGCAGCCCCCGGUGGGCCGCGGCCCGGCCAAGAAG